ACCAAGUGGUUUCCUGGAAAUCAAACUAACUGCGUCAGCUUGUUGGAAUACAUUUCCGCGACUUUAAAAGAUCCACAUUUUCUCUCCUGUGUCCAGCAGCAGGCAGGAUGUCUGUGACUAUGACCAAGGCUGAAGGGGUCACUGUGUUCACUUUGACCUCGGACCCUCAAAGUGCUUGGCCUCCUCUGUGCCAGAUCUUCAAGGGUCUUUGCUACAGUCCAGUGUGCUGCUCAGUGUCUCAGCACCUGAGGAGGAGCCAGAGAACUUCUCAGUCAGCACUGGGGACUCUGCAGAUCAUGGUUGGGCUGCUCAAUCUUGGCCUUGGAGCCAUCCUCCUCAGCUCUCACAUUGGCCCUUGGUGGCUAGUAGAAGAUCUAAUGUUUCCUUUUUGGUUGGGAGCAUUGUUCAUUGUGUUUGGCAUCACGUGCAUUUUGUCUGAGAAGUACCCCAGUCCAUGUCUGGUCAUCCUCACUGUGGUUCUGAAUCUGGCAGGAGUUGCUUUUGCCAUUACAGCCAUUGUCCUCUACAGCAUCAGCAUAGCAAACGCACGUACUUGGUGGAGUUGUGGCUUUGAUUAUGAGUCCUGGUAUGAAAGACGUCAUACAACAACUCCAUCUCCGUCGAGGGACUUCUUGAGGGAGAGAUGUAUGGAGGCCAGAGAACUGUUUAUGAUGCUGCUGAGAGGAAUAGGUGGCAUCCUGAUCGUCUUGUCGGUCCUGGAGCUCUGCGUCGUCAUCAGCUCUGCUGUGUUGGGGAUCAAGACUCUGAGGAGCAGAUGGAAUGAACCAAACAAGAGCGCUGAAGAGCCAGAAUACUUCAAACCACUGCUGGAUGAAGUCACCACUGAUCCUGGAGCAUGAAUGGCGGCAGGAACUGGGACCCUGCAGCUUCAUACCACUGACUCUGUACUGCAGCGUCAGUGAAGCACUCAAAGUCAGAUGAUACAGUCUUCAUAUUCUGACACUUUACUGAGCUUUGCUUAAAAAUCAAUGCACUUGUACUUUACUAUCUCUGUUUGCCAAUAAUCUGCACUAAACUGAAUAUGCUGCUGUCCAUUUUAAUCUUUGUUUUGUAUCUUUUAAAGUGAUUAUUUUUCUAUCGAGGGAUGUUCCUUACAGUCAAGAUGUUUGUUGCUAGAAAGGAGGUUUGUAGAUGUCCGUGUGGCAUUUCGGGGGCUGUUCUGAUUUCUCUUAUACAAUAUCAUGCAUGUCAAUAAAAAUAAAGGUAUCAAAGCUU